AUGGACAAGUUCUCCAAGAAUAUCGUCCUGUUGGCAUCUUUCUUGAUCAUCUUUCUCACGGCUUCUUCAUCUCGAGCUCAGAAUUGUUCAGACUACAGAUUCUCCAACAACAACAUCUACAAGGCGUGCAACAGUCUUCCUGCUCUCAACUCCUUUCUGCACUGGAACUACCAUCAAUCCAGCCACACAGUUGAUUUAGCGUACAGGCAGACAGGAAUCACGGCGUCCAAUUGGGUUGCUUGGUCCAUCAACCCGGGCGGAGGGGCCAUGAUCGGAGCACAGAGUUUGGUUGCUUUCCGCAACUCUAGCGGGCUUCUCCGUGCUUACACCUCCCCGAUUUCCAGCUACGGCACUCGGCUGGAAGAGGGCCCUUUGAGCUUCAGGGUUCCAGGUAUUGCCGCUGAGUUCACCAACAACCAGAUGAUCAUAUACGCGACCAUUGAACUUCCGAGAGAGAGAACCAGUUUUAUACAUGUUUGGCAACACGGUUCAACUUUUGGGAACACCCCUUUGAUGCAUUCUAUGGAUGGAGAACAUGUAAGAUCUGUUGGGACAAUUGAUUUCUCUACUGGGCUAACUACAAAUGUCGGCACAGCCACCUCAGAGUCAAGACGUCGCAUAAGAAACGUUCAUGGAGUGCUGAAUGUAGUGAGUUGGGGGAUUAUGAUGCCUAUUGGUGCAAUGGCAGCAAGGUAUCUAAAGGUGUUCAAGGUGGCAAAUCCAGCGUGGUUUUACCUUCACAUUACGUGCCAAUCUUCAGCCUAUAUUAUGGGCGUGGUUGGCUGGGGCCUAGGCCUCAAACUCGGCCAUGAUUCGCCUGGAGUUCAGGGAACGGCUCAUAGGAAUAUCGGUAUCACCCUGUUUAUCCUCGCAACAAUUCAGGUAUUUGCCUUGUUUUUGAGGCCAAAGCCGGACCAUAAAUACAGAUCCUACUGGAACAUGUACCACCACAGUAUAGGAUACACCGUGAUCGUCCUCAGCAUAGUCAACAUCUUUGAAGGAUUGGACAAAUUGGAUCCUGAAAAGAAAUGGAAAAGAGCAUAUGCUGGUGUGCUCAUAUUCCUUGGAGCCAUUGCUCUUCUGUUAGAAGCAUAUACAUGGUAUGUUGUGCUCAAGGGAAGACGGCAGUCGACGUCUGAUAAACACCCACAAGAGGCCAAUGGAGUGAAUGGAGCUUAAUGGAUAUCUUGCUUAGUACAUUUCACA